AUGGAGCGCCACGCGAACUAUGGCCCGCUUUUGCAGGAAAGGGAGUUUGUGGUGAAAGGCGAGGGGAGCACAAAGAAGCUGCUGAUGGUGAAUUGCUUGUCUUUGAUCGAGGGUGCCUACAGGCAAGGGGGGAGCUUCACGGAGCUAGUCGAUGCCACCUUUGCGAGGCAACCCACCUCGCCAAGCCAUCCUUGGAGGAUGAUCCUCUACACCGACGAAGUGACUCCAGGCAAUGUGCUUUCUCAUCGUCUAGAAAGGAAAGCCUGGGUGGGAUAUAUCUCCUUUUUGGACUUUCGGGAGCACCUCUCUAAGGAGGCUGCUUGGUUCGUGGCAUUCAUAAUCCGAACCAAAGAAGUGGCGACUCUCGAAGCUGGCAUAGGCCAGGUCAUGCGGGAGCUUCUCAGAAGCAUUUUCUGCAGUGCCUGGGACCCGCGACUUGGCCUAGCCUUCAAGAGCCCAAAUGGGGAGCUGAGAAAGCUACAUUUCACUUUUGGCCUCUUCCUCCAGGACGGAGCAGCGCAGAAACAAGUAUAUGGCGUGAAGGGCGACAGCGGCAAUCGCUUUUGUUCUCUUUGCACCAACGCUUUUUUCUGCGGGCGUUGCGAAGAAGUGGAGGAGCAGGAUAGCGACGAGGAGGACAGGGACUACAACGGCGUGUGCAAGCUCCUGAAGCACGCCGACCUCAAGCUCUGCUCGGACAGGGAGCUCUUGGAAGCUGCAGACAGACUGCACGCAAGAGCUAAUGCUGUCAGCAGAAAAGAAUUCAAAAUCUGGGAGCAGGCAAGCGGCCUGCUGCACGAGCCCCAUGGGUUGCUGCUCGACCCUGUCUUGCGAGCGGCCAAUAUAUUGGCUCCUUGUAGCCAGUAUUGCCACGACUGGAUGCACUGCACUUGCGCCAAUGGCACGGCCAGCAUCUGCAUUUUCUUGCUCAUGCGAGAACUGACUAGACACAGUGCCAGCAUGUGGCAGACCGUGUCUCUCGGCUGCGACCGCUUAGAGUUUCAGGGUUAA